AUGGAGGUAGAAGAGAAUACCUCGGAUAGAUGCCGUUGGAUAAAAGUCAACUGGAAAUGGGGCCAAAUCGGAAGAGUGCAGCUUGGCAUUUUCCUCCGCUUCAACCCGGUUGUCACGUUUCUGUCCGCCGCAAUCAUUUGGUCUAUGGUGAUUUGGUGCACAGUCCAAGCCAAGUUCGCCAAAGAAGAGAUGUCGAGAUGGACAUUGUGGAUUACAGAGGUCUUCACAUGGAUGUAUAUCGGUACCUCGGAUAUCUGGGCGGUGUUCAUAGUGGUGCUGUAUUUCUCCAAGUACGGAAACAUGAAACUUGGAAAGCCAGAUGACAAACCGGAGUUUGGUGAUUUGACUUACUUUACUAUGUUGUUCGCCGCCGGUGUUGCUAUUGGGUUGUUCUAUUUCGGAGUAGCUGAAACUGUUUGGCAUUAUGUACCUGGGGAAUAUGGGAAUCGUUACUGGGGCAGGUAUAGCGAUAAUCAGCGUGCACAGGACGCCAUCAACUUGACUCUUUUUCACUGGGGUGUCCAUGGAUGGAUCGUGUAUGCUGUAGUGGGUCUUCUUUUGGCUUUUGUGGCUUUCAGAAAAGGUCUACCCAUGACCAUUCGGUCCUGCUUCUACCCUCUGAUUGGCGACAAGAUCUACGGCUGGAUGGGUGAUGCUGUGGACAUAUUCUCUGUAGUGUGCACCAUGUUUGGAGUUUGCACCAGUCUUGGUAUUGGUACCAUGCAGAUCAACAGUGGUUUCAAUCGUUUAAUCAACUCUAUCGAGUAUUCCACAACUAACCAGAUUAUAAUCAUUUGGGCUGUCACUGUGUGCGCAACAGCAUCUGUGGUGAGCGGCUUGAAAAUUGGAAUUCGUCGGCUGAGCGAGGCUUGCUUCACGCUGGGUAUGUUCAUCAUGCUGACUUGUCUAUUUGCCGACAAUACUUGGCAUGCAUUAAAUGUCUACGUGCAGAGUACUGGUUACUACCUUCAGUGGAUCAUCCAAAUUGGCUUCCAUACAGAUGCUUUCGCACAACUGGGAAAUGCACCCGAUGGAAAGCAAGCUGAACGAUGGUUCAACGACUGGACCAUAUUCUAUUGGGGAUGGUGGAUAGCCUGGUCACCAUUCGUGGGCAUGUUCAUUGCGAAGAUCUCCAAGGGAAGAACCAUCCGACAAUUCAUUAACGCCACAAUGACAGCUCCAAUUCUUUACGUUUUCUUGUGGCUUUGUAUCUUUGGUAGUGCAGGCUUGAGGAUGGAACGUGAUGCCGCACUAGCAAACAUAACGUGCUCUUCCCCGAAGGGAGGGGCAGGAGCGACCUCCUCUUUGAAUGGCCUAUACCGUCUGUCUUGCCGACAAACGACCGAAAUGUGGUUUGAUGUUAUCGAACAGUAUGGAGACCUUGGAACGUUCCUAUCUGUGAUCUCACUCAUCAGUAUUGUUAUGUAUUUUGUAACCAGUUCCGAUAGUGGUUCCCUUGUGAUUGAUUGUCUGUCAGCAAAUGGAGAUCCAGAACCUCCUGUCAUACAGCGUAUCUUCUGGGCCCUGACAGAAGGUGCAACAGCUACAGCUCUGCUGAAUGCUGGUGGUCGAGACGGUCUUGUGGCCUUGCAGGCCAUGUCAGUAGCAUCCGGCGUCCCUUACACCAUACUGCUUUGUUUUAUGUGCGUGGCACUAUGGCGGGCUGUGAAGAUGGAAGCUGGUGACCUCGAUCCAAAUGGUCCUCAAUUCACCACCAGUCUCUUGGAAGUCCUGAGCAACCCAACAUUAAAGAGUGUCGGCAGGGUCCUGUUCGCCAUCAUUGCACCGUGGUACGCGAUGGGAAAUGCUGCACACAAGAUUGAUAGACAACAUGGGAAAGGGUGGUACAUGACGAUCAUGGCAGUCUUGUUUUAUCUCUGGAUUAUCCUUAUGGCAUUGGAGCCUGUCGUGGAUUCCAUUUCUAACGUCGCGUGGGCCAUACUGAUGGGAUUCUUCGCUUAUGCCACCUCCAUCCGCUACUCCAUCCGCGAAGAAUACAAUAUCUAUGGCAAUCCGGUCGAAGAUUUCUUCGCGGUAAUGAUAGUGUACCCGUUUGCCGCGUACCAGAUGGAACACCAUAUGGAUAGCGCCCAUAAACUGGAUACACCACUGAAUGACGCGGGUAAAUUGAGUGAUCGAGAGGGAGAAAAACGAGGCCCGGCGGAUGACGUUGGGGCGCCUCAGUACAACUAUGCAAUGGAACGUUUUCCAGAGGUGUUACCUGUUUGUACAAAUGCUCCCGAAGCCGAGGGCAGCAGUGAUUGGAAUCAUAUGGAAACUGCCAAUCAGCUGGAUCGAACCCAUCGGGACAUGGAAAACACGAAUGAUCCGGACAAAGCUAGACGACGAUCGGCUAAUAGCAGAAGGAGUCCACAACUAGGGGAUAACCUAGCCGUGAAAGAUGACACAGCAAGUCGUGUAAGUCUCUACUCAACAAACGAAUGGGAUGUAAUUUAA